AUGGGGUGGCUGGCUGCCGCAGAAGGGAAGGGAAGAGGGAGCUCGACCGCGACCGGGCCACUGCGGGCACGCGGAGGCGGGAGCGGGAGCACGCACGGGCGGCCAAUCAGGGACGGAGAAAAUCGGACGGGGGCGCGUCGGACCACGCACUAUGUAUAA